UUAUAAAGGCAAAUCUAUCUUAACAUAACUCUCGGGAACUUCACACAGACACUUUUGUGCAUAAGAAUUGAAGAAUCCGUCAGAAUGUCAAAGGAUGAGCGAGCCAUGGAGAUCCUGAAAGGAUUUAAACUAAAUUGGAUGAAUCUCCGAGAUGCAGAGACUGGAAAAAUCCUGUGGCAGGGAACAGAAGAUCUGUCCAUACCAGAUGUUGAACAUGAAGCACGUGUACCCAAGAAAAUCUUAAAAUGCAAGGCCGUGUCAAGGGAGCUAAAUUUCUCAUCUGCAGAACAGAUGGAGAAAUUCAGGCUAGAACAAAAAGUAUACUUCAAAGGCCAGUGUCUAGAAGAAUGGUUCUUUGAGUUUGGCUUUGUGAUUCCCAAUUCCAUGAACACCUGGCAGUCCCUAAUAGAGGCUGCCCCUGAAUCCCAAAUGAUGCCAGCUAAUGUUUUAACUGGCAAUGUCGUGAUAGAAACAAAGUUCUACGAUGAUGAUCUCCUUGUUAGUACUUCCAAAGUCAGGCUCUUCUACGUUUAAAGGAGAAGUUGCUGUAUAUUGGUUUCUUUUUUAAUUUUCUAUUUUUACAUAUUUUAUCUUUUAUCUUUUCUUUCUUUUUUUUUUUUUUUUUUUAAAGACAAUUCCUUAGCUGGUAAGGACAUAUUUCUAAUUAGUUCGACAUAUUUCUGUUUAAAAAAAAAAAAAAAAAAGAGUGAAAGCAGUCCCUGAAAUUCACUGCAAAUCACUCCAACCUGUUUUAUGAUCCUAGUCAUGGAAGCAAUGUGCACCUGAUCUGCAGUCCAGAGAAGAAGUUGACAUUAAAAUAUGAGUUAUUGUGCUCACCUACUGCCCUUAUUCAUUGAAAAGUGCACUGUUUGCUUGUAUCGAUCUGAGAUUCUCCCCAGACCAUUUUUGUACAUUACAAAUUUUACAUGGCAGUCACAUGAAGAGGAGCAAACCACGUUCUAGCAAAUGUGUGCAUAUUUUAAUUUUCCUGCAACACAAUCUAUCCAGUUACAGAACCAGUUUACACAAAAUGUUAACAUCUACUCAGAAUGCUGUUCUUUUCUUCUGCUCAGUUCCCCCCCCUCCUCCUUCUUCAAAACUGGUACCAUUUGAAGCAUUUACCUUUUAAGAAAAUAUUAUUGAAUAUUUACACUAGAAAUUCUGCUACUAGAAUGUGAAUACUUAUCUUUCUAUUUAUGCUGUGAUGGUAUAAGCAUUUAGCUUUUGAUGAUCAUUCCAUGCUGUGCAAUCCCCUUUUUUGUUAAGUGGUUUCAAGACACAUCAUUGGAGCAGAGAAAAAAAAGAUGUUAAGCUCUUCAAAUACGUAUACUAAUUUAAAGGAAGGCAAGGAAAUAUGCAGAAACGGCAAAUUAUGUCUCAUUUCUUUAUGGAUUCCAAAUAUUGUAAUUUAUAUCCCAAGUUCAGCGUUUCAUAGUCAUUGUAUGAAAUUGAAUGUAACUUUUAAACAUAUGUUUUCCCUUUAAUCUGCAUACAAUGUAUACCCAUAACACUUUUAUUUAAGGUCCAAACUCUAGAUUUGUUUUCUCCAGAUUACUUACUAUUAAGUAUUACUUGCACAAAUGUUAUCGCAGUUUUGUUGCAGACUAAAUAAACCUUCAUUCCUCUCAGCUCCAGUCUUUUAGUUUAGAUUAGGAAAAAGUUUUUUAAUGGGUCAACAGGUUAAGGAAUAUAACCUUUAUAAAGACUCAAUGUGCAAUGUGAUAGGGUUUGAUUUAUCUUUAUUUAUUAAAAUGUACAAUUCUUGUAGCUUUUGGACUCAAACGUGUUGAAUACAUGAACAUGGAAUCAAACGCCCAGCUAAUUUCACAAUAAACUAAAACAGUCCUUGCAUUUUCACAACCGAUAGGAAACCUACAUAUAAUUAAAACAAAUUCUGUCGAUUUGAAAAUGUGUAUUUUAAACCAAUCUGCUAAACUAUAAAUUGGAUGUUGGGUUUUUGUUUCUGUAAACCUGAAGGUUUCAUUCUUCUAAUUAGCAAAAAGUAUGUCAUUUUAAAAUAAACCUUUUUAUUUUCUGAAUGAAAUCGAAUUGUAUUUAAUGAGCCUUUUAAGGCAUAAAUCAGUGAAGUUAGCCUUACAACUUGCAGGUUGUCCAACUACAUUUUCACUGAUGCUUUGCCAACAUUCAGAUUGACUGAGAUCAUGGGAAGUGUAGUUGACAAGGUUAGCUAUCUGCAAUACAAUUCUACGUAUGGUAUAAUUUUAUUUUUUUUCUUCACUGAAACACAUUAAUAUGCAUUGUAUUUAGACAAAGGCUCUGCCCGAUAUGUUUACAUGAUAAACAUUUUGUCGCUUUUGCUUGCCUCGUCUUUAAUGGCUGUCAUAGUAUGAUUUGUAUUGUUGCCAGAUACAAACAAUUCUCAGGUUUAUUUGUCCAGCUAUAUAAUUUUUAAUUACAAGGUCUUUUGUGUUUUUUGUUUAUGUGUCCAAUAUUAGACUAACCGUUAAUUAAUUCUUAUGUCUAAUAGACAUGUAGAUUUUGUCAGGAUGCAUUCUUCUGCCCAUGUCUAUAGCAACUGGCAGGACUUGUUAGUUCCAUUAUGCUUAUAUUCUAUGGCAUAUUAGAUUUGAGGUGUUGAGUCCAUAAAUAGGAGAAGUGGAAGUAGUAAGAGAUCCAAUUACUGAACUCCAAACUUUGGCACUUAUGAACUUGGCCAUAGUUCUCCAGAAAUCAGUUGACCACUACUGGAUCUUUCAGAAUAAGCGUUGCUUGGCAUAUUUUAAUUUAAUUUUUUAACACACACAAUCUGGCCCUUUUAAAAUUUAUAUUUUUCAUAUACAUUUUUUCCCUUUUGCUUUUGCAAGAAUAAUUUUCAGCUGGUUGCUUCACUUUUGGAGACUUGCCACACAGUUAAUCUUUCUACAUAAUCCUCAUAAUUUCCCUAGUAACAUCUAUCUCUGAAGCCACCCUUAACUAACGGAAACUACACUUCUGUUUUAGGAGAGCUUGAACACACAAAGAGACUAGCCUGUGAGAACCCUCCAUUCAGCCUAAAUGACAACCAAAAUAAUAACACAAUAUCAUUCAAAGGAACUGGUAUCACAGAAAGUGCAAUACCAAAUACUUUGUAGACCAUAGCUAAUUGUUUGGUAUUUACAUAUUUUUAAGUCAGACAUUGGUUUUCAAAUAUAUAAUAUAUGCACACACAAUUACUGCUGUAAAUUAUUUAUAGGAAAUUGAGGCAAAUCCUGCUCACAUUUUUCACUAGGAGAAAAAUAAAAAAGCAAUGUUUUAAUUUUCACUAUUCCUUUUAAUGUUACUUGUAUUUCAUUCUGUUACUAUAGUACACUUACAACCUGUUAGUUAUCAUCUUGACACCAGCUGUAAUAAUUAAAAUUUAUUAUCUGAAA